GCUGUGGGCUCUCUCCGUCCCUUAGUUUUCUACUUUCUGUUGCGCCUGUACGCGGAGGUCCAGGCUCUCCACCGUCUGUUUUUUUCUUCCGCGAUGUGGGGGCUCACGCUUUCCACAUGUAGAGAGGGUUCAGAGACCCUCUUCUCUAGCUAAGUGAUGGGUGGUUAUGUCCUACGGCGAAGAACCGGAGCGCAUCUUUGCGCACCGCACUGUUACACUGAGAGUGUUAACACUGAUCAAAUGGCAUUUGCCCCUCGCACGGCGGUCGCGAUGUUCUUUUUUGGUCUCCUGUGCUCUCUACGCUUCUGCUACUCGGAGAAACCACCCAACUACACAUUUCUGAAGCACGCGCACGAGGCGCCGGCGGUGUCGCGCUACGACUACAUCGUCGUGGGCGGGGGCACGGCCGGGUGCCCGCUGGCAGCGACGCUGUCGCGGGGGUCGAAGGUGCUGGUGCUGGAGCGCGGGGGGUCGCCGUACGGGAACAGGAACAUCUCGAACCUGGCGCACUUCGCGGACACGCUGGCGGACGACUCGCCGGGGUCGCCGGCGCAGCGGUUCGUGUCGGAGGACGGCGUGCUGAACGCGCGCGCCCGCGUGCUGGGCGGGGGGAGCUGCCUCAACGCGGGGUUCUACACGCGCGCGAGCCCGGCGUACGUGCGCGCGGCGGGGUGGGACGGGGCGCGCGCGAACGCGUCGUACGCGUGGGUGGAGCGCGCGGUGGCGCACGAGCCCCCCGUGCGGCAGUGGCAGCGGGCGCUCCGGGACGGGCUCCUCGAGGCCGGCGUCGGCCCCAACAACGGCUUCACGUACGACCACCUCUACGGGACCAAGGUCGGCGGCACCAUCUUCGACCGCCAUGGCAACCGCCGCACCGCCGCCGACCUGCUGCAGUACGCCCACCCCGCGGGGAUCACCGUGCUGCUGCGCGCCACCGUCUCCCAGAUUCUCUUCACCCGCAAAGGAAGGUCGCGGCCGUUGGCCACCGGAGUGCUGUUCCAGGACUCAGCAGGGAAAAAGCACAGAGCAUACCUGAACAAGGGACCGAAGAACGAAAUCAUCGUCUCCGCGGGCGCCAUCGGGAGCCCGCAGCUACUGAUGCUGAGCGGCAUAGGCCCCCGGGAGCACCUCCAGUCGUUCGGCAUCGACGUGGUCGUGGAUCAACCGAUGGUGGGGCAGGGCAUGGCCGAUAACCCGAUGAACGCCAUCUUCGUCCCGUCGCCAGCGCCCGUGGAGGUCUCCCUUAUUCAGGUGGUGGGCAUCACCCGGUUCGGCAGCUUCAUCGAGGGCGCCAGCGGAUCCAACUUCGCCACCCCGAAUCCAAACUUGGACCAGCCACACAGAAGGAACUUUGGCAUGUUCUCUCCUCAGACGGGCCAGCUCGCCACGGUGCCUCCGAAGCAACGAACUCCCGAGGCGAUCGCAAGAGCUGUCGAGGCCAUGGACGGUCUCGACGAAUCCUCAUUCCGCGGCGGUUUCAUCCUCGAGAAGAUAAUCGGCCCGCUCUCCUCUGGUCAUCUCGAGCUCCGCACCACCGACCCGGACGACAACCCCUCCGUCACCUUCAACUACUUUGCCGACCCACGGGACCUGGAGCGGUGCGUCAAGGGGGUCAAGACGAUCGAGCGCGUGAUCAAAACCAAAGCUUUCUCCCGGUUCAGGUACCCGUACAUCUCCAUCGAGGCGCUUCUCAACAUUACUACAAAUUUUCCGGUGAACCUGCUGCCGCGGCACGACAACGACUCGAAAUCCUUACAGCAGUACUGUAAGGAUACGGUUAUGACGAUAUGGCACUACCACGGCGGUUGUCAGGUUGAUAGGGUGGUGGACCGCGACUACAGAGUUCUCGGGGUGGACGCGCUUCGGGUUAUCGAUGGUUCGACGUUCAAAAACUCACCAGGCACGAACCCGCAGGCGACCGUAAUGAUGCUUGGAAGGUAUAUGGGAAUCAAAAUCCAAAACGAGAGGCUCAAUACCAAAGGAUCGGAGAGGAGACCAUAACUGUUCUUCUUAUGCUUCAUUCAAAAUAGAUUGAUUCUUGAAAAUCCAUGCUUUGUGAACUUGUACUUGAAAGUGUACUUCAAAUUGCUCAUCUCCUGCGGAUUUUUUGAUGAUACAUCAAGUUCCUUGGAAUUGAAAGGAGUUUGAAAUACAUUGCUUAAUUGUAUUGGAGACGUGCAUUCUUCUGCAUUUUCUUAUUUAGAGGACUAAUAAAAUUGUGUGUUUUUAUUUUCUACCAAA